AGACCAGUUGACUGCUGUGCAUCAAGAAUCAAGGCUGCCGAGCGAAGGAUACGUUUUAGUUAGAUGUUCAGUUUCAGUUAGACAGAGUGGUAAACUUAAAACUUAAGGACUGAUGCUACUGCUAGUCUAGUCUAACAGUCAGCAGCAUCAGGGAAAAUGCUUAAGAUAGUUUUUUUCCAGAUUUGCAUCCUGCUAGCUGCUGCAGAAGUUUCCAUGAUUCCUUUUCUCUGUGAUCCCAAGAUUCCAGAUGAGGUUAUUGAUACUGCUGAGAUCACUAUUUACAAUGAUGAAGGUCUUAAAAGGCCUGUUGUUGUAUACCUUCAAUCAGAGCAAUGUUAUAAGUGUGAUUUAUUGCCCUACAAAUCUUUGUUGAAAAAUUGCACAAUUAGAGUGGACACUAGAUGGCCAAUGAGAAUAGAAAUUCGUGUUAUUAAUGAGUCUGGUGAAACACUCACAGCCUCACCCAACUGCAGUGAACGUGAGUUGUCUAUGCAUUAUGUCCAAGGAGGAAAAUACUCCAUUUAUAUACAGACAGAUGAUGAUCCAGAUGUUAUACGCUGUGUUCAAGCAGUUGAGAGAGAAGCCUCUGACACAAACAUCCCAAUUUAUGUGGCUAUAGGAAUUGGGUGCUGUCUUGCUUUAGCAUGGAUAUUUGUCAAAUAUUUGUAUAGGAAAGGCUAUGUACAUCGUGUUAUAUGCUUCUGGAGUACAGAGAGCAUGAUGUCUGAUUUAGGCACCCCAACAAAUAUCAGUCAGACAGAUGAUCCAUCUGCAGCCAAGCCAGACAAAGCACCAGUCAGAGAGAGGUUAAAGUCCUUGGAUACAUUCAGAGGAAUAGCCAUUGGCAUCAUGAUUUUUGUCAAUUAUGGGGGAGGUAACUACUGGUUCUUUGCUCAUUCAAUCUGGAAUGGAGUUACAGUUGCUGAUUUAGCUUUUCCAUGGUUUGUAUUCAUUAUGGGAACAGCUUUAGCUUUUAGUUUUCAAAGUCAGCUGCGAAGAAACACUCCCAAAUGGAAGAUUUUUAUGCGAAUUCUUAAACGUUCAGCAACACUAUUUCUACUGGGAUUGUUGAUCAAUUCCUUUGGUGUAGGCUCUGGGGUAGAUUUUACAAGUUUCCGUAUACCCGGUGUAUUACAAAGGUUUGCUGGAACAUAUCUUAUCUCAGCUUCUUUGUUUCUGUACCUUGGACCAGCAAAUGUUUCUAACCAAUAUUCUCGCCUAUCUUGUCUUCGGGAUAUAACUGCCUACUGGCUGGAGUGGCUAUUUUAUCUGGCAUUUAUAGCUCUUCACUCAGCUCUUACAUUUACAAUGCCAGUACCAGGUUGUCCAACUGGGUAUUUGGGCCCAGGUGGUCUAGAGCAAGAAGGCCACUAUUUUAACUGUACUGGUGGUGCAGCCGGCUACAUAGAUCGCAAGUUUUUUGGGGACUCACAUAUCUAUCAGAGCCCAACAUCAAAGGAGAUUUACAAAAGUACAGCCCCAUAUGAUCCAGAGGGUUUGCUUGGAACUCUCAACUCUUGUGUUCUUUGCUUUUUGGGCUUGCAGGCAGGUAAAAUUUUGUUUGUCUACAAUGACUGGGUCCAACGUUGUCGAAGAUUUUUUGCCUGGGCAGUAUUUUUGAUUUGUCUUGGUACUCUGCUGUGUAAAGGUUCAUUGAAUGAAGGAUGGAUUCCCAUCAACAAAAACUUAUGGUCUCUGUCAUUUGUGUUCAUACUCGCUGGGAUGGCAUUUUUUCUGCUCAUGUUAUGCUAUAUCUUGAUCGAUGUCUACAAAAUAUGGAGUGGAGCACCAUUUUUUUAUGCAGGUAUGAAUUCAAUAGCCCUGUACUGUGGACAUGAAUUUUUCUCUGGAAGAGCACCAGUUUUUUUUCAAGUACCACAAACACAUGCAUCACUGCUGGCGCUAAAUAUAUGGGGAACUACCUUCUGGGUCUUUGUUUCCAUUUAUUUUUAUUACAAGGAUAUUUUUAUUUCAGUUUGAGUGUGAUUUUUUUUAAAUAUUAGCUAUUUAUUACAAAAUUAAUGACCUUUUGGAACAUAACAAAUGCUGUCAUUAGUAGUAUUUAAAAUUUUCUUUUUUAGUUAAAUUGUUUUUGCUUUUUCUUUUCUGACAGCAUGAUAUAAUAAGAACAUGCAUAUUAACAUUUCACUUUUUUAAAUUCUCUCAGCCCUAAGUUGAUUUAGUAGUUGAUUAAGCUUACAUUUCUAACCUCUUCUCUUCACCACAAUGUUACCGAGUGAAACAAGCAAAGAUAAUGUUUAUGUUGUAAUAUAUAUUAUUUGUUGAUAAAUUAUUAGAUGCUUUAUAUUAAAUGUAGAAUUUCAGACAUUGUAAAAUUAAAAAAAAAAAAUUUCAUAUUUUUAAUUAGCUGUUUU